GAUCAUUGGCCAAGCUCACAUGAUCGGUCCGAGCUGGGCAGUGCAGGGACCGACGUGCAUCUCCGCACGUUCCCGUUUACGAGCGAGGGGAGAAGCGGACAGAACGGGGGAUGUAAGCCCGAGAGCUGGGAGAAGCAAAUGGCAAGAGAAAGCUGAACUGGCAAGCAAAUCCUCCCAGGUCUCUAAUCUACCAAUUCCAGGUUAAAGAGGAAGAUUCAUUCAGUAAAUAUACUCCUAAAUAAAUUAACGACAUGGCUUUUUAUAAUUUACCAGACGAAAGCUUGCACGGUUCAUGGGUGGAGUUGAACUACAGUCAGCAGAGUGGCACGCGGAUCCUGGAGCAUGUUCCUUCCUCCAGCUCCAUCCACAACGGAGACAUGGAGAAGAUCCUGCUGGAUGCACAGCACGAGUCGGAUAGGAACAGUUCGCGAGGAAGCUCCCACUGCGACAGCCCACCCUUACUGAUGAGCCCCCAGAUGUGCCACAGUUCUGCUGAGUUUGAAACUCGGAGCGUUGGAGACAGCAACAGCACGCAGUCUGACGAGGAGACGCAGGAGAGGAGCAUAGAGCUGGAGAAAUUACUGAAGAAUCAUGCAGAGUGGAUCUGGUACUGGUCCAGCCGACCAGAGAACGUACCCCCAAAGGAAUUCUUGUUUAAACAUCCGAAAUAUUCAUCAGGACUGAGUGUCCGAAAGACGAGUGUGAUGAAGAAAGGAGGGUUCUUUGGUUCUGAGCUCGUUGUGUUCCUCAUCCCCUCGCUUCUGUUAACUCACCUGCUAAUGCUGGGAGUAGGAAUCUACAUCGGCAGGAGACUGGCAGCUUCCUCUUCAAGUAGCCUGUAAAAAUCCCGCUGUGAAGAAAUGAUCAAACUUGAGGACCAGCAGAGGUUGAUACUAGUUCCUGUACUCGCUAUUCACGUAGACAGACCUAGCCAGCACCCAGGAAAGUUUAAACAGACUGAAGUAUUUCUAUUGUUCCUCCAUCUGUGCCUCCAUGUUAAUCUGCUCCUCUUCUCGGAAUUCCGUUUGCCCUUCUGCAGCUCUGUAGAUGCAAUCCCAGCCACCUAUCGGUGGGCGGCUUUGCUCAAUAGGUUUGAUGUGUUGGAAAACUUGCUGCCCUUUGAGCAACUCUCCACUGUGCUCGGGGUCUGCCCAUGCAAAAGCGACCACACUGCAGUGACAAAUGCACACUGACUCCUUCCAUGUGUGCUCGCUCGUCUAUUUGUGCUCACCUGUGUGUGCGCCAGCUUCACCCACACCCGUUGGCUUGGCGUUUUCUCAGGCCCUGUGAAGUAAGGCUUGUGGACCAAAGGUGGGAUUUUUAAUUGCACAACACUAUUGGGUGAGAAGUUAUAGAUAAUUACAGCACAGAAACUGGCCCUUCGACCCAUCUAGUCCACAUCAAAUUAUUGUUCUGCCAAGUUAAACCCUCUUCCAGUAGGUUUCAAGGAUCUUGCAGUAUUAUUUUGGAGGAAACCCAGAGUGGAGAUCUUCUUAGUGUUUCUCUAGCCUCAUCAAUCCAAGCCAACCUAACAGGUGGUUCUUGCAGUAUUGUUGGUGGGAGCUUGCUGUGUGUAGUUUGGUUGCUGUGUUUACAUUGCAACAAUAAUGACAGAUGCCCAACACUCAUUUGCUUUGGUGCAUCGAGGUGUCUUUGAAAACGAUAGGACUGACUCCGUUCUUCUAUUCCUGCAGCAGUAGUCUUGCCCACUUUGUCUUGCUGGGAACCUUUUUAACCAAAACUUUACCACAACAACAUUGUUUUGGCCCAUCCACUCUCUUCCAGCUCAGAGAAUAAUCCCGUCCCUCAAAUAGUUUUCCCAGUAAACUGUUUUUCCCACAUUCCUAUUAACUCCACAUCUCACCGAAGGGCAAACCUACCGACGUGCAUGUCUUUGGGAUGUGGGAGGAAACACACAUGAUCACAGGGAGUACCAUGAGAAUAGGAGCAGAAUUGAACCAUUCAGACCAACGAUUCUGCUUCGCUGUUCUAUCAUGGCUGAUUUAUUAUCCCUCUCAUCCCCAUUCUCCUACCUUCUCCCCAUAGCCUUUGAUGUCCUUACUAAUCAAGAACCUGUCAACCUCCGCUUUAAAUAUACCCAAUAACUUGGCCUCCGCAGCCAUCUCUGGCAAUGAAUUUCACAGAUUCACCAACCUCUGGCUGAAGAAAUUCCUACUCAUCUGUGUUCUAAAGGGACGCCCUUGCAUUCUGAGGCUGUGCCCACUACCUCCUUUCCAUGACAACUUUGUCUAGGCCUUUCAAAAUUCAUAGGUUUCAAUGAGAUCUCUUCCCCACCCCUCGUUCUUUUAUGCAGUUAUGCCCUCGGGUCAACCUCGGACAAGGUGUAGCACCUGCAUAGACCCCCUCCACCCCCGAUCAGGGCCACGUGAAGCCAUGGGAGCAGGUGGUGGAUGGUCGUAUGAGCAGCUGGUGCAUAUCACAAGUCCUGGUUAUGUGACCACUGACACCAGGCGGACAAUCUCUGAAGAGUAUUAAUAAUGGCUGCGGUCACCUGUCUUGUAAAGACAUUGCCCAGAAAAGGGCAAUGGCAAACCACUUCUGUUGAACAAUUUGCCGAGAACAAUUAUGGUCAUAGACCGUGAUUGCCUACGUCAUACGACACCGCACAUAAUGAUGAAAGUCUAUGUGUUAGUCAUGCAGCGAUGUAGGAGAAAAUUAGUCUUAAAUCUACUCGCACCUUGUCUUACUCCCAAUGUUCAUUUUGAAAUAGUGUUCCAAGUCCACUGUUCCUCCCUGACUUUCUGUUGGCUUGUCUAUGAAAGGCCCAAACUUUUCCAGCCAGACUUUAAAGAGAUUAUCAGUCUGAAAUCCGGUGACCAGUCACGGGUCCCGGUGUGAACUCUUCACUCCUUCCUGUGAGAAGCUUGAUCCACGUAAAGUUGAACAGAAAUCAGGUGGCUCUUGCUCAACUUGUAUACAAAGAGCAAAAGCUUUUAUGGAGCAAGGCAGAUCUUAAGCAUCACACUCCUGUUAUUUGCCCCUAAGCAUUUUCAGUUGAUAAUGCCUUCACUGUUAUCGUGUACUAUGAGUCCUGAUUUUGUAGUUGUUCAUGACUGGAAUUCUCUUUGAACUUUGAACCUUAGAAUUUGAUUAGGCCCUCACUGUUGCCCUGUAUUACAAGUCCUCUUUGUAUAGUUGUUAAUGACUGGAAUUUAUAUAUUUGCAAUUAGAAGAUCAGUAACUAUGCUUUGUCCUUCUUAGACCCCAUGUGAAAAACAAAUAAAUGAUCAAUUUCCCUGGAUACGUUGUUUCUCAGUUGAA